AGGUUUUGUCACGCGAUGGCCUUUAACAAACCCCCAUUUACUCAUGGACUGCUUUUUGUUAGGGACGCGUUUCCGGACAAUGGGGCAGGCCCAAGACGCAGACGCUUGAGACCAAAAUAUCCCCAGAUCGCAGGGACAACCCUGAGGUGGCUGGGCGGGGUUCGGAGCUUUCCCGUCGGGACUGCAGCACGUUCCUGCCGCUCGAGGGAGGGCUGGCCCCGGCCUCGCCACGCUCCGCGGCUCGCCUCGCACACAACAUGGCCGGCGCCGGCCCGGACAGCCCCGCCCCGGGGCGGUGGCCGGAACGGGCGGGGCAAUGGCGGCGUUCGGUAGGGACGGCCCAGGCUGAAGGGAGCGGCGGCCGCGCUCCCGCCGGCAGAAGCUGUCUCCAGUGUUGAGCUCUGGCUUAAUUUCAGCUCACCUUCCUGUGUGUGAAUUGCUCAAGGAGUCAGAGAAACAGGUUGAUUCCACUUCAGGAUAAUGGCAGGAAAAGUAAAGUGGGUAACUGACAUAGAAAAAUCUGUUCUAAUAAACAACUUUGAAAAAAGAGGAUGGAUUCAGGUGGCAGAAAAUGAAGACUGGAAUUUUUAUUGGAUGAGUGUCCAAACAAUCAGAAAUGUGUUCAGUGUGGAAACCGGUUACCGCCUCUCUGAUGACCAAAUUGUCAAUCAUUUCCCAAACCACUAUGAACUGACCAGAAAAGAUUUGAUGGUAAAGAAUAUCAAAAGAUACAGAAAAGAACUUGAGAAAGAAGGAAGUCCUCUUGCAGAAAAGGAUGAAAAUGGGAAAUAUAUUUAUUUGGAUUUUGUUCCUGUGACUUUUAUGCUUCCUGCCGAUUAUAAUCUCUUUGUUGAAGAAUUCAGAAAGAAUCCGUGCAGCACAUGGAUUAUGAAACCUUGUGGCAAAGCUCAAGGAAAAGGAAUAUUUCUAAUCAACAAACUCUCCCAAAUAAAAAAAUGGUCUAGAGACAGCAAAACAUCCUCGUUUGUAUCUCAGUCUUCCAAAGAAGCCUAUGUGAUUUCACUCUACAUCAACAAUCCCUUACUAAUUGGUGGAAAGAAAUUUGAUCUUCGUCUCUAUGUUUUGGUGUCUACCUAUCGUCCACUGAGAUGUUACAUGUAUAAGCUUGGGUUUUGCCGGUUUUGCACAGUGAAAUACACACCAAGUACAAGUGAACUGGAUAACAUGUUUGUACAUCUUACAAACGUUGCCAUUCAGAAACAUGGGGAUGAUUACAACCAUAUCCAUGGAGGCAAGUGGACAGUGAGUAACUUACGCCUGUACCUGGAGAGCACCCGUGGGAAGGAAGUCACCAACAAAUUAUUUGAUGAAAUCCACUGGAUCAUUGUGCAGUCCCUGAAGGCUGUUGCGCCUGUAAUGAAUAAUGAUAAACACUGCUUUGAGUGUUACGGAUAUGACAUUAUUAUCGAUGACAAGCUUAAACCCUGGCUAAUUGAGGUUAAUGCUUCCCCUUCUCUUACUUCCAGCACCGCUAAUGAUCGCAUCUUGAAGUAUAAUCUUAUUAAUGACACGCUUAACAUUGCUGUGCCUAAUGGGGAAAUUCCUGACUGUAAAUGGAAUAAAUCUCCACCAAAAGAGGUUCUGGGCAAUUAUGAAGUCUUAUAUGAUGAAGAGAUGGCGCAGAGUGACGGGACUGAUCGUGACCUGCGGGGUCGUCCUGGGCAGUCCACAGGGGUCAAAGGAAGCCGUGCAAGAGAUUCAGGAAAGCCUGUCCUAACCACCUGGAAGUGAUGACAGGAAAAACAGCUGCACUCUUGAUAGGAAGACAUCAAGAAUAACUUGAAGUUUUGGAACAGAUUCCUGUGUUUUGCUACAUUGCAUGUAGGAAAUACUAAUGAAGACAAAACAGCCUUUGAAAAGUGAAACAAACACUCAAAACCCAGGGCCUGUACUAGACAUAUAUUGACCUGAUAAUUAUUACAACAAUAGAUAUAGAGUGUGUAUGUAUAUACAAUUAUGUUUAUAUGAUUUGUAUAAACUAAUUCUCAAUAACAAUCAAGAACUUUAUAAAUAAAGGUGGCAACUCAAAUGCAUAUUCUGUAAAGAAACUCCUUGCUGUUCUGAAUAGUAUUUAUUUCCCCUAGUAGCCUUUCCCUUCCUGCCUAUAAUAAAUGAGCUGUGGAUUCUAUAAAAGGA